AUGGAAAAGAAUAUCUGUUAUCGGCAACGAAGGAGUAAAGAAGUCCUCUACGACGAUUGCGUACUCGAGGGCUCCUUGUCCCAAGAUGACCUGCACGUCGAAGAGGACCCAAACGCAGACUACGAGAUGCUGCUCAGAGGAUUACGAGCCAGUGCUGAGCGUGCUUCGAAGCCGCGCACCACAAACUUGGAUCGAAUUUCGAAGAUCACCAAUGAAUUGUUGGAAGGAAAAAGGGCUUUGAGGUUUGAUCGGAAUGCAUCGCACAUUGAGCAGCAGAAGAAGAUUCUGAAAGCAGCACAAAGAAAAACAAGUCUAAAGAAGUGCCGCAGGGAUCUCCGCGAAUAUAAUAUUCCGCUAGCAGCCUUGCUGAGCGAAGACGGGACUCGCACGUCUUCUCGUCGUGAGAUGGAAAUCAUUACGGAGAGGUUCUACUCGAACCUUUUCCGUUCAUCAACUUCUGUGUCAAGCCCGAUCAUCUCCACUGGUGAAGCUCCACCACAGAUUCUCCCUUUGGAAGUACGAGUCGCUAUCAAGAGCAUGGAACCUGGCACAGUCCCCGGACCUGAUUUUAUAUCAGCAGACUUUCUGCUGGUGGCCAUCCACUUUAUGUAA